UCGACGCCAUUUUGGAAGGCAAAAGCAAAACGCGACCGGGUCUACGGGUUAAAAGUUGCACGUUCGCUGUUUGUGGUUCGUCCUGACGUGCUUUACUAGUGAAUUUUUCUUCUUCGGUGCAGUUGCUCGGUGUCACAACGCCUCAGAAGCGAAGUUCAGAUUUGGCAAGGGUUUGCUAAAGCUAUCAAAAUAUACAGAAUGAUGGAUAUGUCCGGACCCCCGAGGGGUGGAUACCGUGGUAGGGGUGGUCCCCCACGCGGUGGAUACAGUGACCGGGGCAGCUCACCGUUUCCAUUCAGAGGCCGAGGGCGCGGCGGUGGACCUCCGAUGGGUGGCCCACGGAUGGGCAUGGGUGGUGGAGGUCCUCCGGGAAUGAUGCGCGGUCGUGGGGGAAUGAUGCGAGGAGGCGGUGGUCCGCCUCGUGGUAUGGGUGGCCCUCCUAGAGGCGGUGGUGGUCCACCAAUGUCCCGCGGUGGCCCCUACGGUGGUGGAGGCGGCGGUGGUGGAGGUGGUGGCCGUCCCAUGGGAGGAGGGGGUCGGUCAAGCUAUGGUGGCCCACCGUCUUCGGUGACGAACGGUUCCGGUCCACCGGCCGUAAUGCCAGCGGUGGAAAAUGGUGACGGUGGUAAACCGGUGGAAGCAAACGGAACCACCAAAGCUGUUGCCACCACUACGGGCGGUGGUGCUAGUGCGGCCCAGGGUGGAGGAGCCGGUGGUGCCGGCGGGUCGGGUGCAUCGCAAUCCAGCGCCCCUGGUGGUGGAGGUGGUGGCGGCUCGGAAGCCGAACAUAUGUCACCGAAGCAGUCGAUUAAAACGGCCGACUCUAGCAGUCUGGCCGUGGCCUCACAGGAAUCUUCGAUUCAAUCGACACACUCCUCCGGUGGCCCGUACCACUCUUCGUCGCGGGGAAUGUCGCGCGGACGGGGCGGUUUCAUGUCUCGCGGCAUGGGUCGAGGUCGUGGAGGGGGCGGAGGAGGAUACGGUGGCGGCGGAGAUUACGGCGGACCUCGUCCGUUCCGCGGUGGUAUGGGUGGUGGUCGUGGGCGGGGUGGUGGUGGCGGAGGCUAUGGAGGUGGAGGCGGCGGUGGCGGCUACGGUGGUGGUGGUCCAUCCGGUGGUUAUGGAGGUGGUGGUGGCGGUGGAAUGGGCGGCGGAGGAGGUGGCGGAGGAUACGGCAAUGCCCCUCCCUCAUCGUACAAUCCGAUGGGAGGAUACGGACAGAACAAUGGAGGUCCGGGCGGCGGUGGUGGUGGCUACAAUGUGCAGUGUCCUCCGCCACCACGCCAGUUCGAUCGGCAACCCUCGAACCAGUCGGCCGUACCACCGAUCAAACGAGGCGGCAUGCCCGGUCAAGGUGGGCCACCGGGACCGAAGCGAGGUCGCUACGACGCCGGUCCACCCAGUCGUGCCCUGCCCCCCAAGGCGAUGCCCCCGCACCAUGGUUCGGCGGCUCCCGUACCCUCGUACAGUGCCCCUCCGCAACCGAUGGCCAACCACGGUGGCUACAACGACCCGAAUGCGCACGCCCCGCAGAUGGAACACCAGUACACACACUCGGCCACGGCAAACACAGCCGGGUAUGGAAAUACAGCCGCGCCCCAAACCGGCUACGCCAGCAAUGGCUACAGCCAGGGGUCGUACGGCACCACGACGAUGGCCAGCACCGGUUACCCAAGUACAGGCACCGAGUACGACACCACACACUACGAUUAUAGCAACUCCGGCACCUACGACACACGGUACCAGUCCGGGUAUACGCAGGACUAUAGCCAGGCUUAUGGCACGACCACGGAUUACAGUGGAGCGGUAUCGACCGACACUUACGCCAGCCAGCCGUAUGACGAUCGGUCCACCGCUUACAGUGGCUAUGACGCGCAAGCGUAUUCGCAGGGCUACGCCAAAACUGAUCAGUACGCUCACAGCGGUUACUAUUAGACGGUUACUCUAUAUAAAACCAUAACAGAGUCGAUGCAAAUCCAAAGCAGGCUGGUAAAAGAGAGAGAGAGAGAAAGAGUUUACAAACAAAAACAAACAAAGCAAGAGAACCGAAAGCAAAGAACGAAAGCGAACAAACCAAACAUCCACGGGAACAGCAUACAGGCUGCUACGAGAUCGCUUAAUCGAAUCGAACAACAACGGUCAACUGCUGCAAAUCUCUUACACGCAAAGUAUGAUUGAAUCAUGGAAAAGCACACAGUCAUAGUGUUGUCUGCACGUGUGGGGCCAAGGACGAUAAUAAUGAUGGGGUGGCCACGAUGCACCUGCAAACGAUUUAUCCAACUACCCAGUUUCAACGCAAGACAAGUGGCUACUUUAAUUUAAAGAGAAAAAAAACCAACCACGCUGAGAGCAAAUAUUCAUACAGUAACAGGAAAAGAAUGCUUAAGGCGAAAGGAAACCCGCGCACCACCUACUAUGGUUGCACAAAAUAAAAGUGAAUACAAACUAACGGCGAAAUGAGACUAACGAGCGUGGACAUCACAAUGUUUGGUGAAGUGAGUUCAGUUGGUGGUAUAAGAGAGCCAGUAUGACGAGAUUUAUCCAUCAUAUUUUGCACCCUUUCAUUUUUUCUACAAUCGUUUAGUACACCAUCAAGCAGCAGGGAGCAAUAGUUUUAGCAGAAAAAAACAUUAAUCGUUCAAUUUUUCGAGUCCGAGCAAGGGUAUCAGAAAACUGUGCGUAUGUGUGUGAAGAAAGGGAAUAAUGAAGACACACAUGAAAUAUUUUAAACCACAUAUUAAAUGUAGUAAGAAUAGCUAAGGUUUAGCUGGUAAGGAACUAUAGUAGGGGCAGUCGGCAUAACAAAAGGAUAGGUAAACAGCGCGGCAAAGGAAAAAUCGGUCUAGCGGCCUCCUGGCCGGUCGGAAAAAAGGGGAAGUUUGCACUAAAUAUAAGCUGCAAAAGUGAAACCUACUUAACGGAUUAUACAUGCGGAGUAGAAUAAAGAGAGGAAUAACAGCGCGUAGUAAAUAACAACUCUUGACUAAGCAAAACUCUUAACAGAUUAGUGAUGGCAAAUUAAAGUAAUUUAAUAGACUUAGAAUAUUUGACAGUGCAUCAAAUGUCUCCAGCUUGGUUUUCUAAAUUCUAUUCCGAGAAUAUUUGGUCAUAAUUUUUAUCGAUGCUGUAGCAGCUUUUUUGUUAAAUUCAUUACUAUCCUGAUAAUUCUUUGUGUAUAGUUUGUAUAAUAAGCUUUUUUUCAAUUUUGACCCUUUUAGUUUUUCCAUUGAACAGGUAUUUUUUUUAAUGUGACUACAUUAUCAUGGUUGAGCUAUUAAUUUUCUAUUUUUGUUUACCGAACUUGUUCAAGAUACAGCCAUUGUCGUAGAAAUAGGUGUAAACAGAGUAUUCCCCCAAACGUGCAGUUAGUCAUCGUCAAUAACUUAUGAAUAUUAUGAAAAACUCUAUCGUGUAUCACUUUUGCGAACAGGUCAGGUAUAUGCAUAAGCAAAGAAUUAAAUGCGUUAAGGCCCGCUGUAGACAGUUUGAACAGGCUAGGAAGGAUAUUCGCUAGCACAGAAGACGAACAUUUAGAUCAAGUAGGGAGCCGUUUAUAUUCAUUUUUCACUUCAAAAAGCAAAAGCUUCACCAGACAGCAAAAAGACGUAGGUGUAAAAUUUUCAACCAACCUCGUAUGGUUCAUCGGCAUCGAGAAGGAAAAAGAUAGUGAAACAUGUGUACAGAUCGUCGUAAACGUAUGGCCACGUCAUGUGCAACAGCAAGUAUAAAAAAAGUAAACAACAACUACAAAAUUAAUUAAAUACCGAAAUAAAUUUGGUAACAAACCAAUCCAACGUGUAUAGGCCGCGUUUCAUUACUUUCCGCAAUUUUACUCUGACGAGCCGUAAUACGAAAAAUUUGAACAUGAAAACACAUAUUCUGAUGAACAGCAAACCACCUGCAAACAAAUAGGACCCGUAGGGGUCCUCUCAAGAGCCGAGGCAAAGAGGUGGCCUUCAAAAACCUACGACACAACAGAGAUGUACCCUGAGCAAUGAUGAAACGU